GUGCCAUUUAAGCUAGCUCGGAGGCAUAGGGUUCUCCCCCUCCCCUCUCCGUCUCACUAACACGCUCCCCAUCAUAUUUUCCUCCGUGUUCCUUUCCCUGAGUCAUUGUGUUUCUCCGGCGGUCUCCUGAGAGUGUUUUUCCGGCUCUCUGUCUCCUAUCAGGUCCCUCUGAUGAAAACACUCGACGACAUUUGACAUGACUGAAGUGGCUCCGAGCUGCCCCGAGAUGACAGCGCUGGCCCCCCCUCCUGCUCCGCUGAGCACCAGCAGGAAUGCAUCUCCUGCCCGGUCACCAUCCAGCCACAGCCCUACAGAGGUGUCCGAGGCACCACGGGAUAAGAGCCGGCGUGCUCAGCUGGAGCGCUGCGCCGAGGAGCGAGGGAGGAAGAUGGAGGUGCAGAAAAGGAAGGAGCAGCAGCGCCGGGCCGCAGCCGGGGAGAAGAGACGGCAGCAGCAAGAGGCCGAGAAGGAGAGGCUGGAGGCCCUGGUGCGCCGGAGAGCAGGAGGCUCAGAGAGACGAGGAGGAGGAGGAGGAGGAGGAGGAGGAGGAGGAGGAGGGGUGGACCACCUGGAUAACAGGCCUAAACGCUGGACGUGGGGAGGACCCCCUGAUGGAGUGGAUGGUAACCCUAAGACCCCGCCCUGCCAUGCUAUUGGCUCCGCUCAGCCCAAUGAGCUUCCUGCUGCUUCCAACGCCAACCAAUCCCGUAACGUUGGUGACUUCCUGUCUCCUCCCGGGAUGGAUCAGAUCAUCAACAAACAGCUCUCCAACUCUUCAGCUGCCCUCCAUUCACCAGAGAGAGUGUCUUUUGUGUCUCAUCGUCUAGCUUCCCCAAACAACCACAGACCGCACAGAAGCUCCUCCAACCGCAGGAGCAUCACUGGACUGCCCGAAGAGACGUCCAAAGCCAAAACACCAACGGGGGAUAAUCCAAACAUUCCCAACCGCAGUUCUUCUUUCAGGGCCAACAGCAAGGGCCCUGCUACACCAAAACGGGUGAGGUCCAACAGGAGUCGCGCCCAGUCUCCCUGCUCUCCAGGCCAGUACCCCCCCUCCCCGCUCCGGCAGAGGGCCACCACCCCCGGCACCGAUGACAGGGGUCACAUUGAGGGAAAGGGUCACACCACCCUGGAGAGGAAAUCGAACAAAUCUGAAACUUCGGAGAAAAGGAUCCCCAAAUCCACCAGCAAAGAACUGAACGCAGAGUCUCCGGGCACGCCCACAGGGAGGAGCGUCGGAGGGACGACAGACGCUGAGGAGGCGUCCCGGCUGCUGGCAGAGAGACGGCGUCUGGCCCGGAUACAGAAGGAGCAGGAGGAGAAACAGCGGCAGGAGGAUGAGAGGCUGAGGGCGGAGGAGGAGCAGAGGAGGCAGCAGGAGGAGAGAGAGCGGCAGGAGCGAGCUGCAGUGCAGGCGGAGGAGGACAGAGUGAGGCGGGAGGAGGAGAAGAGGAACAGGGAGGACGAGGAGAGACGGCAGAAGGAGCAGAGAUGGAAGGACAUGCAGGAGCAGCUGGACAGAGAGAGGGAGGAGGCCUUCCUGCGAGCCCAGAAGGAGGCGGAGAGGAAGAGGCAUGAGAGAGAGCUGCUGCACCUGCAGGAGGAGCAGGAGAGGCUGCAGAGGAAGAAGAGAAUCGAGGAGAUCAUGAAGAGGACGAGGAAGAGUGAAGUGGAGCCUCUGUCUGGUGCUGCAGCGACUGACCUGACGCCCGAGGCUGCGGUCCCCUCAGAGGAGGAUGCCCCAACUCCAGCUGAGGCCCCCCUCAUCAUGCUGGGACCCCUGGAGAACAAGAGCUUUGUGGAGGAGCUGUCUGACGGAGUCCAGUCUAUGGACGUCAGUUCUCCAUCUGUCUCCAUCAGUCCGGUGUCUAGGGACGAGCAGCCGAGCGCUCAUGAGUUCUCCCCGCUCACAGAGGGCGGGGACCUGAUGAUGGACCUGGAGGCUCAAGGGCGAGCACAGCGGCAGGGAGUGGAGACACCCCCCUACCCUAAAAUGCUGGCGGGCAGCGGGGUGGGAGACCUGAACAAGAACCUGCUGAUCCAGGCAUACAGCGCCGCCUCCGAGUCCUCGCCACUCAUCCACAGCAUCGGCCCCAGCAAACUGGACGUCCAGUAGCCAGGACCUUCUCAGGAGCUGGCAUGCUGGACAGAAACAGGAGGAACGGACCAAAAGACCGUCGCUUCUGUCUGCAGCAUCACCAACAAUCAACAUUUCCACGAGGAACAAAUGCUGAACAACUAAUUUCACAUCUGUAUUACCAAACAACGCAUAACAGUGGAGCUUCUGGCUAAACAUUUGAGGCAGUGCAUGUGGGCAAUAACGACUCUCAAAAACACAACACAGUUUUACAAAAUCAUGCAAAUAAAGGAAAGUAUAUAAGGAAAUUAAUACUAUUAUGUGACAGAAGGAAGUGAUUUCCGCAUUCUUGCAUGACAAAUGAAAAAGUUGAGUUUAGGGAAGUAAAAAGCCUGUUGCUAAAGGAGACUCGCUACCAACGUUGUUGUAAAACCUUCUGCAAAAACGCGAGUCUUGGAUUGUUUUAGUUCAAAGCAAGCUCUAAUCUGCAAACAUCAAUUAACCUUUAAUUUUCAGAUUGCAUCUCCUGAAAUUCCCAGACAUCCCACAUAAUCUUGCCAGCAUUACAUCUGUUGAAGCCAGUAUUGCCCAGCUGCACUGCCACAAAAUAACACUCGAGUAUCACCCGCUUUAAGAUCUCAUCCCCGCUUUUGUAAAACUGUAAAUAGACCCAGCUGGGUGGAGCAGUUUAUUUGGAGGGGAAGCUGUAAAAAAAAAAAACCUGUGAAUCCUGUGUAGCAUCUUCAGCGAGGACUAGCUAGUUGAGCUGUAAAUGGUUGUAGCCGUGUUGAACAGUGUGUGGGAAUUUCUGUCCGAUGGUUUCUGUGUGUGUUUAUCUCACCUCUGCUCACAGCGACUUCUAUAAAAUCCCAGUCUGCUGUAGAUUUCAUGUCACACCGACACUGGAGAAAAAACAUUAUAAACCCCGCUGUUGACCCUUAAUCACACUUAGCCUGUCGCUUUGGUUUCUCUGCUGCUCUUGGACGUUUUUGUGGAAAAUCCACAGCAAAAACAUGAAGAAAAGUGGGGAACAAAAAAAAAAAGUCCUGAGUUUUUAUCUGCAGGUCUGGAAAACGUUGACACAGUGUGUUGUGUAUUUGUCUGGCACUGACUGUAACCACGCUCGCUGCAGUUUAUAGUGUGCACUUACAGUAGUUAUGUGUUCCACUGCUCUGAAGAUGCUUGUAUCUACACCUCAGCUCACUUCCCCACCCCCCAAAACUUAAAUAUACCUCACCAAUUCAGAAGUCUGGUGUCUCAUCACCUCUGAGGCCUUACACCUCUGUGUAGUAAAACAAACCCGCCCUCUGCGCUCUGCCUUCAGGCUGUGUUUAAUUCAGCAUGUGCAUUUUUGCCAUUUUUUACUCAAAGAUCUUGAAAGAAGAGAAACAGGAACCACACACUUCCCUUGAGUCUUUGUAUGAGUUUCGGCUGCACCUUAUAACGCAGAUCUGCAGUGCAAAGCAUGCAACUUUCCAGGGGCCACAGAAUCUCAAGGGCCACAUAAGGUUUCAUAUGUACAUGAUUAGGUACAUAGUCAUGAUUGUAGAAAGACUGAGGUAAUAAGUCCAGCUCCCCUCUGCAGAACUUUAAAAAAAAUGGCCAACCAAACUCUGUGCAAUUGUUUGAGUAUUUAAGGAUCACAUUGCAUUUAUGUUUCUGUACAAAUUUCCUCAAUACAUUAUUUCCCGAUGCCAGGUAUGUCAUUCUGGUGAAGGCACCAAUCAAACUCUGUACACUUUUCUGAAUAUUAAGGGAAACGAUCAUUCAAUUUUAUCCAUCCAGGUAUUUAGUUUUUCUCCCUACAUUAUGGACUGGCUUAAUUUUGAUAUUUUAUUGAAUAAUAUUUUUAAGUUACCUGGCACCAACCAAACACUGUUCAAUAGUUAAGUAUUUAGACAAAAUCACAUUAUUUUUAUAAUUUAAAACUUUUUUUAUGCCAUAAUAAACCUACAUGUCCAUAAAUCAUAGAGAACAUGACCUGUUUUAUUUACCUUUAUAAUGUAAUCAAUGUAUGCAUAUUUUUAGACAAAUCUGUUAACUUGAAGGUAAAGAGUAAGCUGGUGGGUUAAUGCAACCAUGGCUAAAAAGAAUGAUCUCGGUCAGAGGAACUCUUUGUUGGUUAGCAAAAGUAAAAUAGAGAAAACCUUUUGUUCCAGGUGCAAAGAAUGAUGUUAAAAAUACUUUUUGUUGCAGAAAACCGUCUUUACUGCUCCUACAUUGAGGGUAGAAAUUGUAAACCUGUCACUGCUGCAACCUUCAGCCCGUUGUUUUAUGUUUUCACUCUUCUGCCGGCUUCCCUCUAUCCAAUUAAACUCUUUAUUCCUCCAGAUUCUGCUAGUGCUCAUUGUAAGAGGGUCUCCGGGGUCCCUGUGUAUAUGAAGUAAAAAUAAAGGACAUAAUGUUUAUCCUAAUAUUACUUAACUCUGUGACACUGCAGCUUGGUGGAAUAUAUCAUUGUAGAUGUGGUGCAUGGAAAACUGCUGAAAUGAAAAAUAAACUUCAUCAAGCCA